AUGGUCACUAGAAAGGAACUGCGUCUGUCUCCUGUGGAUGCACCAGCUGUGCCAGCUCUGAAAACACCAGUGCCCCUUCCUAAAGAGCUGAUGUUUCUUGUGCAUGAACCAUCAGCUUCCACACAAUCAAAAAAAGGUGUUUCAGCGACAGAGGGCAGUAUCUCUCGAGCGUGCAGGACACUUUCUUUUGAGGAAUCUAACAAAGAUGAACCAUGUUCCUCUGCUCCUCCUCCUUCAGUGUGUGUUCCACCACCUGUUCGACCGACAGCGCAAAGCACACCAACCCUUCCUAGAGUUCCUGCUCCACAGCUUCCUGGAUAUGAUAAUGACACGCGUCAGUGGAAGUGUUCUCAUCAACAGAGGAUCUGGAUGAAGACUGAGUUGGAAUCCAUGGGUCUGUGGCCAGGCUCUCCUCCUGUGAGCAACCCCAUGAAGACCGUGUCACUGUGGCGUUUACCUCCUCAACCUGAGCUGAUAGACACAGUCUCUGAUCUGCCGUCAGCCAAAUAUUUUCAGCUUCAUCCUUUUUUUAUUUGGAAACCUGAAAAUGACACCUUGAUGGCUAGACUUAAGAGUAACUAUGCUCUGCCAUGCAUUGCGGGGUGUAGCAAAGCACAGGUCACGUGUGCAGGAGUCGGUAGACCUCGUGUGAUCGUGGGCAUCACAGGUCAGUACUACCUCUUCUCAUCUCGGCUGUGCUGCAAAGUCUGCAAGAAAAGGUUGUAUGCAGACAACCCACAGUGGCUGGAAAAGCUCCCCAAAAGGUUUACAAAUGUACUGCCAGCAAUUAUUACUUACAAGAAGGCCAUCUGUAGAUCUGUGAUGGAUGAGCUGCGGCGUACCGGAAAAUCACCCUCAGACAUGGCCAGGCAGGUGAUUGAAAUGAUGCACCUGAAAUUUGAACGUGCCGACUUUGCCUACCUCCUCAGUUGCCAGAGUGUCCUGGAUUCUGAGGCUGGAAAGUAUGGACAGAAAACCAUCACAGGAUUCCUAAGAAAUGAGACCAAGCCUGCUCCCUUUGGCGAGUAUGAUGAUCCUGAUGGAUGGAAUGGAAUCUCUGUGUCUGCAGACUACCUCACUGACUGCCUCCUUUAUGAGUACCAGCGACAACAGGUAGCUAUUAGAAAGCUACUGCAGGGCACCUUUGGGCAGGCUUUACGUUCUGACCACACCCGGAAAGUGGCAAGGAAAGUUACAUUUACCUCUGGCACAAUGUCAUCUUACGCCACCAUGAACGAAAACUGGAUGAUCCUUUCGUGGGUGAUGGUGCAGUCUGAGACGGAAAGGUCAUUGGAACCCAUGUAUCAGGGCCUAGCAAACCGGUACAACAUUGCAGGAGUGGAAAAGGCAAGGGAUUGCUGUGCAGCGUUCAGGGUGCCGGAUCUGCAGGCUGGAGAACAUCUCAACUGGAAUGCCUGGAGAACUGCUGAUGCUGAUAUUGCCGAGGCCACUUCUGGUGAACUGCAAAAUGCAUGCGCAUCAAGAUCUCGCUUCAAUCAGCACAUCAAUGUCAAGCUCGACCUGUUUCAUUGCAUGAGGCGCUUUCACCGGGAGUGUGUUUCCGAGCAUCAUGCUUUAUACAGCUCCUUCACCCAGUUCCUGUCUGCUGCUUUCUGUGUGGUGGAUCAAGAAGACCUGAUGAAGCUCAAGAAUGCCUAUGCGUUUUGUGGUAUUCAGCCAGCCAACCCCACCAAGCAGCACAUUCGGGAGCACUGCAAAACAAAGAUCCCUGGUUCUCAAGAACUUCUCAAAAGGAUUGAGGGGGUCAUGCAGCACUUCCAUUUGGCAGCUGAUCCAAAUGGUGUUCACCUCUACAAACCCUCUAUGUUGAAGACAUGGCGCAUUCAGCGUGUCCAUAUUUUGAGGGGAUGUCUGAGUGAUCCUGAAGUAGCAGGUGAGAUCCUGUAUAGGCAUGGUGGGACACUGCAGCUUAAUCACGUCCAGGGUGAGGGAGCUAAAGUUGAUGUCUGGGUGCCAAUAAGAGGCACAUCACAGCAGGAGGGCUACCACUUCCACCAGGCUCAGUGGGUCACCGGCACACGUGUUUCCUCUGAGUUGUUUCAAGCCCAGGGGAUGAUGGGAGUGGCACGUUGGAACUUUCAGCGCCUGGUGGACCUGAAAUCACCAGGUGUUCGGCUUCCUGGUGUAUUUGAUCCAUCCCUGAUCGCAGAUCUCAAUACUGCGUCUGAAAGGGUGUUCGGAAUGCCCAAGUAUGCUGCCCUUCUAGUGUCCAGCAAGGAUUCUGGGGAGAGGUUUGGGCUAGACUAUGUGGAGCCUGGAUGUCGCCCUGUUGUGCUAGAUUGGGAAAAGCACAAGAGCAAAACUGAUCUGCCAUUAGAUCUUCCCGAGCAAAGCAGACCGUCCACUGCCAGGGCUGGAUACCUUUCAUCUGACCUUGAUCCACAUCCAGAGUCAGGAUCCAUUACCACUUUGCCUGCCCCCUUGCUUUCCUCAUGCCAUGGUGCUGAUGUGGAUCUUCAGCCUAAGCCAGAAUCUGCUGAUACGCUGCCUGUGUCAUUGUUUCACCGUGCCUGCACAGAGCCUCAGUCAGAGCCAGGAACAACACAUGUACCGCCUCUGCCUAUGGUGUCCUCACCUGCAAGCGCUCGUACUGGACCUGUGAAGACUGGUGGAAGGGUGUUUGUGCUAGACCACAAACGGUGGACAACGGCAAUGAAGGAGGCAAUUGACAACCUGCUUACUGAACAUCAUGGGAAGAAGGAUAUGCUCAAACUUGUGGAUCAGGAGUAUGCAGCAAUGGUCCAUAACUCCAGUACUGAUCCCAACAGCAUGCUCCAUCCUACUACAAAACUGCACAUAGCUCAGUAUGUCAAGCACUUGGCCAAAUUGCUAAACACCAGUUCUUCGUUAAAUACUUCUCCUGAAAAACUACUUCAGACACAGCGACUGUGGCACUCUCUGACAGAGGGGAGCGAGACUACUAGUGUGCCAGUGGUUAAAAUUAAUCCUGCAGUUGUAAACCCACCAGCACUUGCUCUGACCACACCACUUUCACACACAACCAUUGAGAGGAUCGUUGAGGGUAUUAUGGAGAAGCAUCAACAGCAACAACAACAACAACCAGAAAAAAAAAAGAAACAGAUGAAGACUUGUGCUGCCUGCAGACAGCCCAAGUCUCGCUAUGAAAGUGAUGGUUCCUCCAUCCAUUUUUUUACCAGCAAGUACCUGUUGGGCUGGUUCUGUAGGCUUAGGGUUAAGUGCACCUUUCUGAUGCAAGGUUGUUCAGUCCUAUCUCUGGAGGCGAUGCCAUCUGUAGAUUGCAGUUCAUCCAGUACACCUGAACCGGGUAACGGGGCUCUAGGAGUUGGCAGUGAACAUCUUUCAGACAACCAUGUCCAAGAAUGUUGUGAUCAGUGUGGUGAAAAAGUCUGGGGUGCAGUUGGACUGUUUAACCACAUUGACAAGCAUCAUCGUUUGAUUAGUCUUUCAGAUGGGGACAGAACAUCUGUGGAUCCAACAUCAUCCAUUGCACAGUCAUCUGCAUACAUCGAAGACCAGCAAAGAGCUCCACAAACUGCAGUACAAACACCAUCACAGGACAUUACACUAAGGCCUCCAGAAGUAAAUUGGCUGAGUUUUCUCCCCAAACAGUUCUGUCGAGUGCUCAAACCAGCAGACCAAAAGUGGAUAGCUCAGUGUCUGUAUGACACCACAGGACGACUGAAGCAGCAGUUUCCACAAAACUGGUUUCAUCCACCGAGUCCCAGCAAGCCUAUUACUUCAACUCCUGAUCCUAGCAGUUACUUUAGGCAGAGGAUGUUUCUGUGGGCACCAAUGAGGAUGUGGGGUAUUCCUCUGAAAUGUACACGGUGCAAUAGGAAGAUGCAUCAUUCAGGCAUUUAUACUAAAGUUAGGGAAGUCAUUGAUGUUGACUCCACAUAUUACUUAAUUGGAGUGGACUACCCUCGCUGGAGUAAAUGUAUGAUACCUGUCUGCCCUUGGAGUUCAGAGAUCCUUAAACAGCUGGAUCCCUCCCACAGAAAUAAAUUCCCCGCUGUUCUCACCACUCACCUUGCCCUUGACAGGAAGUGUGCGACUUUGAUGAAACCAAGAACUGCAGGAAACAGCUCCAGUUUCUUGAAACAAGUGCUAGAAGAAAUUCAUAGUGAGGAGUGGGCAAGACGGAGUAUAGACUACCUGACAGACUGUGAGCUCCACAAAAAGAGAUGUGCCCUGACCCAAUCGGAAGUGGUUUAUGAGCAGCCCCCGCCUUUUCGCCCCCUACCGCUGGCACAGUGGUUUGAGACUGCCCAUGCCGAUGAAAUCCUGAAUCACCUUGAUGAGCUUAAGGGUGUUGUAACAUCAACAUAUGGUAGCAUCCUGAAGCUUGAUUCUACCAAAAAGGUGUUACUCCAGUUCUUACCUGGUUUCGACCUUGGAAGUUCAAAGUUCGCCUUGAUGUUUUCCACUUCAUGCGACGGUUCACUGCUGGUCUUACAACAGAGCACCAUCCACUGUAUGGCACUUUCUGCUCCAAAACUGACCGACACGACUGGUUUGCGCCUCAUUAAUCCAGAGAGCAUGAUGCACGUUUGGGAGGUACAACAGAAACAUUUACCCUGUAUCCAAGACCCGCCUGGUGUUCAGCUUUACACAAAGCUGGGCUCUGGGUUACAGAAGGGUGACAAGGUUCUGGAUGUACUGCGGUGUGGCAGAGGGUCCUCUUCUCUUGAAAGCUUUCAUCGCCAUCAGUGCACUUUCAUUCCAGGGUGGAGAUGUAAUGCUGUACAUACUCAGAUGUACAUGCUUGAGGGUGCAUCGAGAUGGAACAUCAACCGGGCUCUUCAAGCUGUGGACAUGAGUGAUGAGCGUAUAGCAGUGGAGUACUUGUUGGCACAAUCUGGCAGAGGAGACCUACUUUCUCCACUGGAGCCUGGUGAAAUCACUCUGCCAGAGAUGCAGGUUGAAGUUCAGGAGGAUGAGUGUCUGGAUGUCACAAUAUGUGAUGCAGCAGACAUCAGUUUAAACACACGCACUAUUGGCAGUUCCAGCAGUCAUGAUGAUUUAUUGACCUCUUCUCUGGAAACCCCUGUUCCAAGUGGUGGCUCUCACAGUCCUGACAUUGAAGACAUGUCCUGCGCUGGGCCCAGCACAUCAUCUCUGUCCCCUUCCAAGUAUUCCCUUAAGUGCAAGAAAAGGAUCUUGCCAGGUCCUUGGAGAGCUUCUCGAAAGCGUAGUGGCUCAGCCCCUGGUCAGCAAGCAGCUGAGAGACUAUUCAUGACCCAUGGCCAGGCAGCUCAGAGACCUGAUAUCAACAGGAUUUCAGAAUGCAUCGCACUCAAGCUUUUGAAGGAAUUCAGGGAAGCCAGAAACAGACCUAAAGACAAUAAGGGCAAAACCUUUCCAAUUACACAGGCAAUUGUGAUGAUGUAUUGUCACAUCAAGCAGCUGCUUGAAGACUGCCGAGAGCUGCUCGACAAGACCAACCUGGUGCUAGUUACAAUCAACAACACUACAGUGUCAUCUUGGCUUCUUGACCGACAGAAACGAACUGAUCGGGACACCUUACUGCAAGGAGUGGAGCUUCCCCAGCAAAUUGGUAUAGCGAAGGAGCCACUGCCAAAGCCAAGGGAGCUCCCAUCUGGACCUGUUGAACAUGGACAUGUUCCCAUUGAGUUCAAGGAGCCUGAGAAUCGGGAGGGUGAGGCAGUCAUUCGUCAACGUAAAUAUGCACGAAGUGGAACUGCAGUGUCUUCAAAUGCACUCACAGGCACUGGGCUAGGAGACACAUCUCCAUAUGACACAGACUAUUCUCCUGCUGCACAGAAUAAUUUCUUCUGUCCUGAGGCACAGGACUUUCCUGGGUGGAAUACCUGGUCUGAGUGUUCUGAUUGGUCUUUUUCACCCGGGUAUCCGUCAUCAGCUCCACCCCCACCUCAUGGUUGGUCUUCCGUUGCACCCGGGCAUCCAUUAUCAGCUCCACCCCCACCUCAUGGUUGGUCUUCCGUUGCACCUGGGCAUCCAUCAUCAGCUCCACCCCCACCUCAUGGUUGGUCUUCCGUUGCACCCGGGCAUCCAUCAUCAGCUCCACCCCCACCUCAUGGUUGGUCUUCCGUUGCACCCGGGUAUCCGUUACAGCUCCACCCCCACCUCAUGGUUGGUCUUCCGUUGUACCCGGGUAUCCAUCAUCAGCUCCACCCUCACCUCAUGGUUGGUCUUCCGUUGUACCCGGGUAUCCAUCAUCAGAUCCACCCCCACCUCAUGGGUGGUCUUCCCUUCCACCCGGGUAUCCAUCAUCGGCUCCACCCCCACCUCAUGAAAAGGGUCAUUUUUUUUCCUGGAAGGGUAAAGGUUGCGUUUCGUAAGGGACCGCUGGGAUAUCUUCUGCAGGAUCCAACUGACCAGGCGAGAACAAUAAAAAACAACCUAUCUUUGCAGGACAAGUCGGCACCAAUUAAGCUGGAGCUUGUGAGACAAAAUGCUCUGAAUGUGGUCCGUCAAAGAGGAGGUGAUGCCUCAGACCAAAAAGAAGUUUUUGGUGAGUACAUCCUGCAGUUUGGGAAAUACAAGGGGAAGUCCUUCCGGUGGCUCCUUGAAAAUGAUGUGGGGUACACCAUCUAUCUGAUGAAGAACCUUCAGCAAGAAGAGGCUGCAGGAGUCACAAUGACCGAGGGGCACAGCAAGAGCAGCCUGGUCUCUUUUAUGCAGUACGCCCACAGCUUUGAGGAGAUUCUGUCUCUUUUACAUUACACGUCCAAAACUCCAGCUGCAACAGCGGCAUCACCAGGCGACGAUCAGCUGGUUGGUUUCGGAGCUCGUGCCAAGAGUACAUGGAAGGAGAUUUGGGACGGCAGAGCUGAUGGUUACGCGUCCUUUGUAAUGGGGGCUAAGUGUGUCCGAGGGACACGGAUGCAUAAACUGCAACAAUACCUGCUGAAGCAGCAGCAGUCUGCCCGUCCGCAUGUUCCUGCCACAUCUGAGCCCACAGAGAUGGAUGAAGACGCUGAGCUGGAGACUGCAAUGCUGAACAUCACCCCCUCUAAGCUACUGGUGCAGUCGCCAGCAUCAUCUGCGUGCUCAGCUGCUGAAGUGAAACACUCCACAGAAACAACGACAGGUUUUUAUUCACUUUAGUGUCAGCACUUUUGUGUUGAUGAA